AUGCCUCAGCCGCACAGAGAGCUCCUGAAUAUGGCGUCUCCUCGCCUCGAUCUGGCCUCCGGCCUGCCUAGCCCAGCAACGCCUGGCAGCCCCAGGUCUCCUUCGGGUCCCCUGUACGGGCCCUUUCCUCGCUCUCGUCGCUCCGUGGCUUCUCCGCGCUUCCGAGCUGCACGCGCCGGCGGCGCCGCGAGUUCGCCCCUGAAUUCCCCAAGUCCCAGGAACCAUGAGGAACUGCAGCGGGGAAGCCUGCAGACGGGGGCAGCUGACGCGCACGAUAUUUUAGCGGCCUCGAGAUGUUCGCUUCCGGCGCGACCUGGCCUUCUCCAUCUGCCCACCAAAGACGGCUCUAGCCCCCCGCCCGAGUCGCCGUCUUCCUGCGCGCUCGUACCCACCUGCUACCGCGCGAGCCCCCCCACAGGCACAACCGCAGUGGAGACCCUCCCUGCCGCUCUUUCUGCGUCUCCGGCGGCUUCCGCGCCUUCAGUUUCUGCUGCACGCGCCCAGCCCUCGUCGGCACUCGGCCCCGAUUCACUACGCACCGCCAGUCCCCACUCCUCAGCGCAGUCAGGGGGCGGCAGGCCCGCGUCGUCGUUGCCGCCCCUGGUGGGCUCUCGGCCGCCGUCUGCUGUCCGCAGAGAGCCUUCCACGGGGGGGCAAAGGCGUCCUUCGACGCCCGCAGGCCGCGGGCCCUUUGGCGCGCAGGCCGCCCGCGUGAACCCCGGUUCAAACUGUCUCUCCGGCUCCCCGUGUGGAGGCGUGAGGCCAGGGACGGCUGGGGGGGCGCUGCCCCGCGCCCAAGGCGGUGCAGCUCUGCCAUCCUGCCUCCAGGCGGCGAGUCCUCAUCGCAGACAAGCAACCCCGCAGGGUGCGCCACUGGCCGCGCGCGUCAUUCGGAUAGAGCAGGGAAGACGCGUGGUGCAGUUCGACGCCUCGACGACCGCGGCGCCGCGCCUCCCCGAGGGGCCGGCGGCAACCUUGCGAGGCCCGCCUGCCGCACUUCCGGCGUCUGCCGUGGACUCCAGCGUCUCCGGGAAUUUCACACUGUCUACAGGAAUGGAGACAGCGGAUGUGUCUGGCGGCGCGGGACGGUUGGCUGCCCACGACGCGGCAGCAGAGAGAGGCGGAGCUGAGGCGGCCUUGGAGAACUCGUCCCUCUCGCCUGAGCCAAGCCUGGGGCAGUCUGCUGGGGCCUGUGGCGCGUGGCCCGCUCUGGCGGGUGGGCGACCUCUGGAGGACCCGAGUCGGGAGGGAGACGACGAUUCCGCGACCUCGCAAACUGGCGACGAUGGCAGUCUUGUCGCGCAGGCGCUUCGCAGCGCAGCUAUCUUCGGCGCCCUCUCCGAGAAUGCCCUUUACUUCAAACCCGCUUACCGGAUCCGGCGUGCUUCGUCGCCUGCGACGCGAGUUCCGCAGCCGGCGAGGAGGCUCCAGCUUGCGUCGAGCUAUUCCCGAGCCCCAGCGAAGGCUGGCGCUUCCUCCUCUUCGUGUCUCGCAUUCUAUACUCCGUCCUCGGCCUCUCCCUCAACCGCCUCAGCGGCCGCGCUGCUCGGCUCGGCGGUGCGUCAUCUGCCGCUGGAGGGCGCGAAUCGAAUCGGCUUAUGUUUGUCGUCUUCCACUCGCGCGCCUGCGGCGUCGCCUGCCGCUCGCGCGAGGCCAUCGCCUCGGAGUCGCGAGUUGACGUCCUCCGCCCUGGGGGCGGCAGGGUCGGGGCGCGCGCGCCAGCGUCCGCGGGGGGGCGGCCCGCCCCCGAAGGCACAUGGCGUCGCGGGGUCGGCGACCCCGGGGACCCGGGGGCCCGCGGGCAUCGGCGGAGGCUCGGGAUCGGCCGCGGAGCGGCUACGAGUCCCCACGUAUUUCCCGACGCUCUGCGGAAUUUUCCUGGAGGGCCGGCGGCGUGCACGUUCGGAGAGCAGCCGCGCGCAGACUAGCGCAGCUGCGGCGGCUGUGGCGGCUACGGCGGAUAAUCGGAGCGACGCCGAGGCACCCUCUGGAGAGGCGGCGGCUGGCGGGGGGCGAACCUUCAAAGGCAAGCCCGUCGCCUCGCCCAGCCAAGAGGAACGCCCCACGACAGAGACCGAGCUGUCAACUGCGUCGGUCUCCACGGUCGGCGAGCAGCUACUCCUGCGGGCGGAGGGCCUCGUGGGCGCCGACGGCCAGGCGCAGGCUCCGCGGAGCGAGAACUCGCCGGAGGAGGCGCUGAAGCACGUGGCGACUGGCGAGGACGCGAUCGCGUUUUUCUCGCGUUACGGCGCGACGACUAGCACCACGUUUCUCUACUGCAACCGGAAGAAGGCUGCGGAGGACGAAGCAGAUCAGUACAGCCUCGUAGUGGUGCCUGAGAAGGAGAUCGAACCCGAGCACUUCACCAUCUCGGCGACGGGGAUCGUGCACAUUUGCCCGGGGCGGCCGUCGGAGUACAUGACUCUCUCUGAUUUUUCCCACCAGGCGUUUGCGUUCUCGGUGCUGCGCUCGAUGCUUUUUUUCAAGACGUUCCUGCAGAGGAAACUGAUUUCGUCGUGGCGCGAUAACGUGCGCCGCCUGACCUACCGGCGGCAGCGCGCGAAGCUGACUCGCCGACUUUUCUUCGCGAAGCCGGUCUUCGUCGAGCACUUGUUCGAAGUCCUCGGGAUCCUGGCCCGCCUGCGCAGCGUCACCUUGAUCCAGGUCCCCCCCGCUAGCCAGCUGCAGGACUUGAGCACCUUUUGCGCGCUGCAGAGCGCGACGCGCUCGGACGUGAAGACCGGCUCGGCGAAGGCGAUCGAGGCGCUCCAGCAUCUGGUUCACAAGUCGCUCCAGCGGCUCCUCUCUCGGCUCCACGAAGCGACGCUGCUUCCCGAUGACGACCCGCUUGAGGUCGCCGCCAGCAGCCGAAGCAAGAGCAUGGUGCAGGAGCUCCAGGAGGCUCGCGAGCGCGCGCGGCUGCUGCGCCUAGCCUUUUCGGACGAGGCGCGCUUCGGCGACUUCGUGCGCCUCGUGGACACCGCUGUGGCUGUGCGGCUCGUCGACGCAGUCACUGCGGCCGCCCUCGGCCUGCGCGAGCGCCUCGGCGAGGCGAAUGCGUGCAGCAAGUUGUUCCGUGUCCAGGUUCACUUCGGCCGGUCGCCAGGCGUCGAGUUCUCGCCGAGCCUCGACCAGUUCCAGGGCGCCCUCCGCGAGCUGUGGGAGGGUGCAGUCAACAUAGUGGGUGGCGUGCCGUUUUUCGCGUCGAGUCGGCUCUACGAGGACUUUGUGAAGCUCGGCGACAGGCACCCGGUAGACCGGCUUUUGGAGAGCGCCACGGCGUUUCUCCGCAUAAAGGACGACGUGGAGCGGCGCCUGACGCGAGACUUUGAACGUGCGCGGCGGUACGCGGACGCGUACUUUGCGGUCUACCGGCAGAUCCACGACUACGGGCAGGCCUGGGACGAGGCGGCGUUUUGCGCGGGGAUUCGCUCGCACGACGAACUGAGCGACGAGAUGGAGUCGAUGAAGGACUUCCAGGCGCGCCUCGAGAAGCUUAACCCGACGCACGUCGUUGGGCUCUUCUCCAUUCAAGCGCAGAGCUUGAAGAGCGCGCUGGCGCCGAUCGCCGAGAACGCGCUGGCGGCCCUGAAGCGGCUGCUGCUGCAGCGCACCCGCGAGCACCUGCGGGAGACUGUGGUCCGGUACGAGCAGACCAACGCGGCGCUGGACGACCGCCCGGCGAAGCUGCUGCCCUUCGCCGAGUUCGUGAAGACCUACAAGUACACGCGGCGGCAGAUCGACGACUUGGACCACGCCAGGGCGACCGCCGACGACAUGUUUGCGCUGCUGAAGCAGUACCAAGUCCGCGUGGCGGUCGAAGACACGAUUCUCCUCGAGAACCUCAACGCGCAGGCGCUGCUCUUCGAGAAGGAGAAACUGCUGGGCGCCGCGGAACACAUCCGCCGGCACAUGGACGAGAUGCUCGCCGACUUGAAGCAGAAGAGCGACCAGGUCGAGAGGGAGAUGAAGGCGGUCGCCAGCGACCUCUCCGAAGAGCAGUUUCUGAACGUGAAGCGCAUAGAGGCGGCGCUCGCCGUUCUCGAGUCGCUCCACAAGUAUGACCGGCGCAUCCAGGCCCUCGACGCCAAGGCCGCAGCCCUGCAGCAGACCCAGCAGCUGCUCAACCCCGAGGGCGCCUUCGUCUUUAAAAACACCGAGGCGGCGAAGAAACUCGUUAAACCCAAGCUAAAGCUCUGGGCCUGCGCCUACGAGUGGGAGACGUCUACGACGCAGUGGAGUGCGGAAGACGUCUCCGAGCUGAACGGCGAGGAAGUUCAGGCGCGGGUCAAGCACUUCGCGAACACGCUGCAGCAACUCGAGCGCGAGCUGCAGAGCAACGACGCCGUCGUUGAGACUCUCCAGCAGCGCGUCCAGCUCUGGCGGCAGCGGCUGCCGACGAUCAUUGCGCUGAACAACCCCGCCCUGAAGCCGCGACACUGGGAGAAGAUCUUUGCGCUUCUGCGGCUCGAGGGCGGCCUGCGAGACCGCCGACCGACACUGAAGGAGCUGGAGGAAGGCGGCGUGUUUGAGGAGGCGGACGCAGUUGCGGAGAUCUCCUCGUGCGCCUCGGCGGAGCUCGCCCUCGAGGCCACGCUGACGAAGGUCCGCGGCGCGCUGGAGCAGCUCGAGUUCGCGACCAAGUCCCUGGGUGAGAAUCAGGACUGCUUCAUCGUCGACGACGUGAGCGACGUCUCCGCGCAGCUCGAGGAGCUGGCGGUUUCGGUGCAGUCGAUGCUCUUCUCGCCGUACGUCGCGGCGCUGCGUUCGGAAGUCGACGCCUGGCGGGCGAAGCUGGCGCUGACGCUGCGCGUGCUGCGCGAGAUGGUGGUCUUCCAGCGCGCGUGGAUUUCCUUCGAGGGUGUCUUCGCGCAGGGCGACCUCGACCGCGUGCUGCCGAGCGAAGCAGCGGCCUUCAAACAGAUGAAUGCCUUCUGGGCGCGAACCAUGCGCCGCCUGCGGACAGAGACGGCGAACGUCGUCGAAACGGCCACGGCACCCGGCUUCCUCGAGGCGCUGCAGCAGUUCAACCUCGUGAUCGAGCGCAUGCAGCAGAGCAUGGAGGCCUACCUGGAGACCAAGCGCCGGCUCUUUCCGCGCUUCUACUUUCUCGCAAACGAAGAGCUUCUCUGCGUCCUCGCCGCCCGCUCGCCAGAGGCCAUGCAGACCCACGUCCCCAAGUGCUUCGACGGCAUCCAGCGCGUCGUCUUCUCCGCUGCAGGCAGCGCGCGGCCGCCGCCCCUGCGGUCGGGCGGGUCGCUCCAGCUGAGCCCGCGAGCGUCCGCCGCCUUCGCGCCCCGCUUCCGGCGCACGAGCGACGUAGCCCGCGCUCGCUUUGGGCUCCUGGGGGCGGGCGACCGCCCCGCGCGCCCGCCUCCGCAGCUCGAUCCGGACCUCUUGGGCCCUGAGGACGCGGGCAAAGAGGAGACAGAGGAGGGCGACGAGGAGGGCAGCGCCGCUGCACCGGCGUCGCGUUCUUCCGCGGCCGUGUCGUUCCUGGGUCAGACGGCGGAGGGUGGCGCCCGGCUGAUGGUCGCGAGCGGGCUGCUUUCGUCCGCCGGAGAAUUCGUUCAGUUUCCUGAGUUCGCCGCGCCGUCUCGGAGCCCCGAGCGCUUCUUUCGGCAGGUCGAGCAGAGCAUGCAGGUCGCUUUGUACUCGCAGCUGCAAGAGGCAAUGCAGCAGUACCCCGCCGCGCUCCCGCCGGCGAAAGAGUCGCCCGUCUCGCGCGCCUCAGGGAAUCCGUUCGAGGGGCUUGCCCACGCAGAGGGGGAUUGCGUGCGAGGCAGCGUCGACGCGAAGCGCGCGAGCUCGCUGGGCGCCGGGACCGCAGACAAGAAUUACUUGAAGUGGCUGCGGGCGCACCCGGCGCAGUGCGUGGCGCUCGUCGAGUCGCUGUUCUUCACGGCCCAGGUGGAGAGAGCGCUGGACAGAGACAAGACCGAGUACGAGGAGCGGGCGCGGAACAGCGAAGAGGCCGCGCUGGCGGACGCCAGUCGCGGCGUCGAGCGCCGCCCCAGCGAUGCUGCAGGGAGGCGAGGCGUGCGCCGCCCAGAGAAUGUCGCUGCGUGUCGAGCCGCAGUCGAAUGCAACAUAAGCAGACUCGUCUCCUUUCGGAGGCGGAAGGCGCUGCCGCUGAAGAGGGCUCAGGUCGAGGCUUUGAUCGUGGAGCUGCUCCAUCGCAGAGACGUGGUAGUCAGCCUCGAGGAAGCCAAAUGCGCGUCCGCGGCGGACUUCUGCUGGCAGCGACACAUGCGCGCCUACUGGGACGCCGACGCGCAGGACUGCUUCAUCCUUCACCACGACAUGGCCUUCCAGUACGCUUACGAGUUCCUGGGCAACGCAAGUCGCUUGGUUUCCACGCCGUUGACUGAAAAGUGUUUCUUGACGCUCACCAGCGCUCUUCGCCUCGCGUACGGUGGAGCGCUCAGCGGACCUGCGGGCACGGGCAAGAGCGAGACAAUAAAGGAUCUAGCGAAGAUUCUUGGCCUUCCGUGCGUCGUCUUCAAUUGCUCGCGGGAGCUGGACUUCCGAAUGAUGGCGCGGCUCUUCAGCGGCUUUGCGCAGGCGGGCACGUGGGGCUGUCUCGACGAGUUUAACCGCAUCGAUGUCGAGGUGCUCUCCGUCGUCGCGCAGCAAAUUAAAAAAAUUCAGACUGCGCUGCGAGCCCACCUGGAGGUCUUCGAGUUCGAGGGCGAGGAGAUUCCGCUUGACGCCAGAUACGGUAUUUUCGUUUCGAUAAAUCCAGGCUACGCUGGGAGAGCGGAGCUGCCUGAAAACCUCAAGUCGCUCUUCCGACCCGUGGCGAUGGUCACGCCCGACCUCGCGCGCAUCGCAGAAGUGACGCUUUUCGCCAGCGGCUUUCGCACUGCUGGCACGCUGGCGAGGAAGAUGGCGGCGCUCUUUGAGGCCGCGGAGAAGCAGCUGAGCUCGCGGCCGCACUACGACUUUGGCAUGCGAGCCGUCAAAACCGUCCUCAUGCGAGCAGCUUCGCUGAAGGAAGAGCAGCCCGACACGUCCGACGAGGACUACCUGCUGGCCUCGGCGGUUGCGGCUGUUCACCUGCCCAGGCUGAGCGAGAGCGACGCGCUGCUCUUUCACGCGCUGCUCGCAGACGCCUUCUCGGAGUGCGUAGUCAGACUCUCGCCGCCUCUCGAUGUGAAGAAGGCCGUCGGCGCCGAGCUUCGUCGACGCGAACUCCACAGUAGCGACGCCCUCGUAAACAAAAUGCUUCAGCUCUACGAGACACAGGCUGUGCGGACAGGAGUGAUAGUGGUGGGUGAUCCCGGUACGGGGAAAUCGACUUGCAUCUCAGUGUUGGCUGCGGCGCUGACGGAGCUCGCUCGCGGGUCGUCCGCAGCAUUAGAGAGCGAAGAGAGCGGCUCGUUGCGCGAGGAGAACGCGUCUCCGUUCGCCAACGGCGGCCUGGAGGCGGCGACGACUGUGCUGCGCGUCAACCCGAAGGCCCUCGAGCUCGCGGCGCUCUUCGGCCGCCACAACCCAGCGACGAAGGAGUGGAAGGAAGGCAUCGUUGGCCUGGAAGUCCUCAGGGCUGCGCACGAGGCGGGGCGGCGCUGGCUGGUCUUCGACGGCCCCCUGGAUGCCGCCUGGGCUGAGAACUUGAACUCCGCCCUCGACGAAACCCGCGUCCUCUGCCUCGCGAACGGCGAGCGCAUGAAGGUUCCGCGUUCUCUAAAUUUCAUCUUCGAAGUCGACAAUCUGGCGAAUGCGUCGCCGGCAACCGUGAGCAGGAGCGGCGUCGUCUUCCUCGAGGACCGCGAGUGGCGCACAGUCGAGGCGGUGGUCGCCUCGUGGCGCAAGCGCCUCGAGCGCGACUGUCCACUGCUCGCCAGCUCGCUGCCUCGCGGGACUCUGGAAAUCUGCAAGGACGCGCUCGCCUUCAUCCGGAGCGAGUGCACGGAGGUCGUGGGCGCGCUCGACGUUGCGCGUGUCUCGACGGUGUGCGGCCUCACGUCGGCUUGGCUGGCGGACGGCGAGACCUUCUCCGGCGCCGAUCACCAGCGCGAGGCGCUGCUGGCGCCGAUGUGUUGGUCGUUGGCGAUGGUGUGGGGUCUGGGGGGCGGUCUCUCCGAGGCGUCGCGCGCCAAGUUCGCGCGCUUCCUCCGCCCACGGCUGCAAGCGAAGUGCCCUGAGAUCGGCGACGUCGACGACGACUUGUUCUCCCUGGCAGUUCACCGCGAAAGCCUCAGCUUCGUCUCCCUCCGCGCGCUUCUGCUGCAGAGGCCGCCGGGCGACCCAGACCGACGCAGCGAAGCGACAAACCCCGACGGCGACGACGUGCGCGAGGGUGAAGACGCGGACUCUGACGAGGACGAAGGCGACGCUUCGAUUUGUCUCAGAGGCACCUCCAACAACGCCCACAAGCAGGGGGAGGGGAGGCGAAAAGGCGCAGCCGCUCGCGGAGCAAGCAGAUCGACGGGACGAGAGAGAGAAAAGAGGAAGACAAAAGGAGAAGAAGGCGCCGACCACGAAGGCGGAGACUGCGCACAGAGUGUCCACGCCAUCUUCGUCCCGACAGAACAAACCAUGGCGCACGAAAUGCUACUCAGCCAAAUGCUCACAAGCGGCAUGCACUGUUUUCUCUGCGGCGAGACAGGCUCGGGGAAGACGGUGAGCGUCGCGGCGUACCUGCGCGGUCUUCCGGCGGACGUGAGUCGGCGUAGUCUGCGCUUCGUCUCACGGACGCCCUGUCGAGCGCUGCAAGGCCUCUUGGAGUCCAGCCUCGUGCGGCGACGGCGGCUGUCCCUGGGGCCAGGUGCCGACCAGACGCGCCUCGUACUACAUCUCGACGACGUCAACAUGCCUGCGCCCGACGUGAGCGGCGCCCAGAGGCCGCUCGAGUUCCUGCGACAUCUCAUCGACUGCGGCGGCUUCCACGACACGGAGAGCCUGAACUUCAAGGCCGUGGAAGACACGAGCUUCAUCCUGGUCGCCGCGCCACCCCACGGCGGGCGCCCCAGAGUCACGCAGCGGUUGCUUCGCCUGACGGCGACGCUGUGGCACGGCGGUUGGGCGCUCGAGUCUCUCGAGCUCGUCUUCGGCACGCUCCUUCGCGAAGGCAUCUCGCGCGCGCUGGGGACACUCGUCGGCGAGGCGAUGCAGGCAAAACUGGCAACAGCCACUCUCGAGACGUUUGCGAAUCUGCCCGCGCUCCUGCGCCCGACGCCGCAGACGCCGCACUACACUUGGGACCUGCGGAGUCUCGCGAACCUGAUCCAGGGCCUGCUGCAGGCGAAACCCGAGACGACCCCUGACGAAACGACUGUCGUGCGACUCUGGCGCCAUGAAGUUUGUCGAAGCUUCGCAGACGGGCUCACGUGUUUGGCAGACCGCAGCCGUCUUCAAGCUUUUCUCAAAGAGCAGGCGUCGCUUCACUUCGGCCUCGACUUCGCGGCGGUUAUCGCGGAUGAGGAAGACUUUAUCUUCACGAGGCUUGCGAACGGCGAGACCUUGACGGGCCCCUACAGGCUGGUCGCCAGCGACGCCAGCGGACUCGAAGACGCCUGCGCGAGAGCGCUGGAGGAAUACCAACUCAGCGCGCCGCUCUCCGCGCACGCGAAGCCGAUUCAGAAUUUCGUUUUCUUCGCCGACGCUCGCCGGCACUUCCUCAGACUCUGCCGCAUCCUCUCCCUCCCCCACGGCAACGCGCUUCUCCUCGGAGUCGAGGGCUCGGGCCGCCAGAGUCUGGUGCACAUCGCCGCGAGCGCCCUCGACGCGCCGCUGCACACGAUCGACGUGACGCGGCAGUACGGGCCUGCCGAGUUUCGCGAAGACUUGAAGAGCCUGAUUCAGCGCAUCGCCGCCGACAAGAAGCCCGUAGUCUUCCUCCUCGCCGACGCCCAGAUCCGCAGCGAAGAGUUCCUCGAGGACCUCGUCAGCCUCAUGGCCGCAGGCGAAAUUCCCGAGUUAUUUGACGCCGACGAGCGCGGACAGCUGACGCGCGCGGGUCGCCUGACGGGGCGGGAGGCGGCGUCUGCGACUGCGGCUCCGUUGGCGGCUUGCGGACUCGCAGAAGACACACUCGAGCCUGCAGGGUCUGUCUCGCUCUCCUUCGGGCACUCCGUCGCGGCCGCCGCCGGCCUUCCGCGGGUUUGCAAGCCCGAGGACGCCCACCGCGCCUGGGAGCGCCUCGCGCAGACCGUCCGCGAGCGCCUUCACGUAGUCGUCGCGAUCUCGCCAGUUGGACAGACGUUCAGGUCUCGCUGUCGCCAGCUCCCCAGCCUCCGCAGCUGCAUGACCGUCGACUUCAUCGACGCGUGGCCCCCUGAGGCUCUCCGCGGCGUCGCCUCGCACUUCCUCCUUGCGCAGCCCGCGGCCGUCCCCGCAGACACCGUCGCAACGCACAGCAGACUCUGCGCGGAGUUCCACGCGACGGCUGCAGCCGCCGCUGCGCCGUUCUUCCUCGAGGCUGGGCGGCGCGUAUACGUCACCGCCAGCGCGUACCUGGAGUUCAUUCAGGCGUAUCUUUACCUUGUUUCCACGCAGAUGGCCGGCUUCCAGGAGAAGAUGGAGCGGUAUCGCCGCGGCAUUUCGCGCCUCGAGGAGACGACGAAACUCGUCGAGCGACUGAAGUGCGAGCUGCUCAAGUCACAACCGGUCCUCGAGAAGGCUACGAGAGACACGCAGGAUCUCAGGGCCGCCCUCGAGCGAGACAGGAAGAAGGCGGACGCAGUUGUGCAGGCCUGCGCGGUAGAGAGUCUGGCGGCGAACGCAGCGCGGGGAGAGGCGCAGGCGCUGAAGGACGAGUGCGAGCGCGAGAUCAGCCGGGUGCUCCCCGAGCUGAUGGAGGCGCUGGGCGCGCUCGACGCGCUGGACAAACGAGACCUGCAGGAGCUCAAGUCUUUCGUCAGUCCGCCGGCGCUGGUGGAAACGGUGCUUCAGGCCGUCUGCCUGCUGACGAACCGCAAGCAGACGUGGGAAGAAGCCAAGAAGCUCCUGAACGAAACCACGCUCCUUGCGCAGCUCCGCGACUUCGACAAAGACCACAUCCCCCCGCGCCUCCUCGCUCAGGUCCACAAGCUAACCUCGCUGCCCAACUUUACUCCCGAGAAAGUCAACCAAGUCUCCAAGGCCGCAACCUCUCUCUGCAUGUGGGUCUGCGCCGUUGAAAAAUACGCGCAGGUUCAGCGCGAGAUGGAGCCGAAGAAGGAGCAGCUCGCGCUGGCGGAGGUCGCGCUUCGGGCAGCUGAAGAGAAGCACGCCGAGAAGCAGGCGGCGGUGGACGAAGUCGAGGCUAGCAUUCGCAAGCUGGAAGGCCAAAUAGAAGCUUCGCGUCAACGCGCGGAGGAGCUCCAAGAGCAGAUCGCUGAGACUCAGGUGCGCCUCGCGCGCGCGGAGAAACUCAUCCGCGGCGUCGCCACAGAGGCCGUCCGGUGGGCUGCCGAAGCAACGCAACUCGAAAAAAACUCGGAAACCCUUUCAGGAGACAUGCUCCUGGCGGCAGGCUUGGUCGCGUACGGGGGCCCAUUCACCAGCGCGUACCGCAAGGCCCUGACGGCGCAGUGGACGGCGCAGUGCCGCGCGGCGGCGGUCCGCGUGUCGGCAUCGUUCUCGCUCGUGGGCAGCCUCGCGUCGCAGGACGAGGUGCGCGAAAUGACUCUGGCUGGCCUACCUGGGAAUCAGCGAAGUCUGGAGAACGCGGUCAUUGCCACGCGCUGCCUCUGCCGCGGGCGCUGUCCGCUGCUCGUCGACCCGCAGGGGCAGGCGCAGAAGUGGCUGCGGCAGACGGCGGGCGCCGCGCCGCGCGCGCGGCUGGGCUCCAGCGCGACCCUGAUUGGCGCCCAGCCCCCCCAAGGGCGCAGCGAAGGCCUGGCUGCCGCCGCGGAGACCUCGCGAGAGAAGCCGGAGGAAGACCGAGAGUCGCCCGCACGCGCGGGGAUCGACGACGAAACGCUCAGCUGCAGCGGCGAGACCGACGCAGGCGCCGCGGAGGCACGCGCGGGCGCAGCUCUCCAAGCGCCUGCGCAGUCUCUGCGUUCCACUCCCCUUCGGCGCCUUUCGCCCCCGGCCUCGCACGGCUCCUCCGGCGUCUCCCCGCGCGAGGGCCUGCUCAGCGGCGGCCCAGCGACGCCGAGUCCAGCGCUGAUAAUAACGCCGUGCGAGGGGGGAGGCGAGCGAUCGAGUGCCCAUGGCCAAGAGGCUGCUCUAUGCGCCCAGAGAGAGGCCGCGCCGCCGCUGCUGGAGCUGAAGGCAGACGAACCCAAGUUCCUCCAGCAGCUCGUGGCGGCCGCCAGCGUCGGGACUCAAGUCCUCGUCGAGCUCCGCGACGACGUCCUGGAGCACGCCCUCGACGCCCUUCUUGUGAGUUCGACGCAAGCGGAGGGCUUGGCGCCGCCUCUGAUUUGCGUCGGCGACCAGCAGGUGCGCAGACACCGCGACUUUCGUCUCCUUUUCUUUACCUCCAACGCGAACCCCGCCUUCAGCCCGGCCGUCUUCGCGCGGGUCACAGUCAUCAACUUCGCAGUCACCUCUGCAGCCCUCGAAGAGCAAUUGCUGAUUGAAGUUGUGAGGCGCGAACGCCCUGAGCUGGAGGAUGAGCGCGACCGACUCGCGCGCGCGAUCGCCGAGGACGAACGCCAGAAACGCCUCAUCGAAGACCAAAUUCUAAAGCUCCUCGCUGGCGCGACUGGAAAUCUGCUUGCCCACGACACGCUCGUCGACACUCUGGCGGCCUCGCGGGCGACCUCGCAGGUGAUUGAGGCGAGGAUGCGCGAGGCGGUGGAGACCGCAGAGACUCUAGAGAAGGCUCGCGCGAACUUUCGCGGCGUCGCGGCUCGCGGCGCGCUACUCUUCGCAGUCGUCGAGUCGCUCGCUCGCCUGCAUGACAUGUACCGACACUCCCUUCCCUCCUUCCUCAAGAUCUUCAAGCAGAUCCUUUCGACAGAGCCCCAGAGCGGCGACGUCGCGCGGCGGGUAGCUUUGCUGCAGCGAGAGCUUACCCUGCAGGUGUUUCGGAAGACCUGUCGAGGCUUGUUUGAGCACCACAAGAUGUGUUUCGCCUUCCUCCUCGCUCUGGCGAUGGACGAGGCGAGCGGGGGCGCAUCGCCGGAGGAGGUCGAGUUCCUCACUCGUGGCGGCGAGGGACCCGCAUGCCCAGAAGACGCUGCGCUCGCGAAUGAAAAAAGCCAAAAACUCGCUUGGUUGUCGGAUCGGCGCUACCAGGCGCUGAAGGCCCUGGAGGGCACCAGCGGGGCCUUCGCAGGCCUCCUCGACGCGAUCGUCGCCGACUCAGAAGCCUGGCGCGAGCUCGUCAGCUCCGACGCAGACUUCGGCUCCGCGCUUCCCAACGGCUUCGACAAGAAACUCUCUCCCCUGCAGACUGUGCUUCUCGUGAAAGCGCUCAAGCCAGCGGAUCUCGUGGAGGCUUGUCGCGCCUACGUGCGGCGGCAGCUCGGCCCCGAGUUCGUUGGACCCCCACCGCGGUCGCUGGGCGAGGCUGUUCGAGACAGCAGCGCGGAGACGCCGCUGCUCUUCCUGCUCUCGCCGGGCGUCGACCCCACAGACGAGAUCAGACACCUCGCAGAAGCCUGGCUGCCGCCCCAGAGGCUCCGCCAGGUGUCUCUUGGCCAGGGACAGGCGCCGCGCGCCGAAGCUCUCGUUCAGGACGCCAGGCAAAAAGGCUACUGGGUGUGCCUGCAAAACUGUCAUUUGGCGCCGUCGUUCGCGCCCACGCUGCAGAGGCUCCACGAAGAAAUGCGUAGCUUUCCGGUGCAUCCCAACUUCCGCCUUUUCCUCACGUCCAUGCCCUCCGCCUCCUUCCCUGCCUCCGUGCUCAGCUCAGCCAUAACAAUCACCAGUGAAGCGCCCGCUGGCGUGAGGGCGAGUCUGCAGCGGACUUACAUGGCGCGCGAGGAGACAGUCGGCGGGGCCUUUGCAGCGGUCGCGGAGCGGCGGGACUUCCAGCGCGUGUUUUUCUGUCUGGCGCUCUUCCACGCCCUCGUCUUGGAGCGGAGAAAGUUUGGCGCACUCGGAUGGAACAACUUCUACGCGUGGACGUCGUGGGACGGCGCAAUCUCCCAGCUGCAGCUCGCGGGAUACGUCGGCGCCGUCGCCGGGGGUCAGGCGACGGAGAUUCCGUUUGAGGCGCUGACGCUCCUGACGGCGGAGAUCAACUACGGCGGGCGCGUGACGGAUGCAAUAGACCUGCGGACUCUGAACACGCUGCUGAGGAGAAUGCUGUCACCAGAAAGUCUCCGCGAGGACUUUGUCUUCGCCGAAGCGCCGCUAUACCGCAUCCCCGACGCCGAGACCCUGGACGGCCACCUAGAGUUCAUCGAGAGCUUGCCGGUCCACGAUCCCCCGAGAGUGAAAGACAGGGAAGCUAAGGAGCUCCUUGCGUCGCUGUGCUCGGCUUAUAUGCGGGCGGGCUUGCGCGCGGCGCCUGGCACGAGCUACGUGGCCGCCUCGGGGGCAGAAACUGUCGCCGAACUGGUCUGUCGACUUCCUCCGCUGCUGGAGCGCCCGCCGACGCACGGGCCAGGCUUUGAAAGCAGCCGACUCGGCGCGACGAAGGUCGAUUUGUCGCCUCUGUCCGUGUUCCUAUCUCACGAGAUCGCGAAGUUCAAUGCGCUGCUCACGCACGUUCGAGCCUCGCUCGUCGAGCUUCAACAGGCUUUGAGCGGGAGCGUGCUCAUGUCCGCCGCGAUGGAGGAGACGCACCAGGCACUUCUAGAGCAACGCGUGCCGCCGGCGUGGACGGCUGUCGCCUUCGCCUCCACGAAACUCCUCGCCGCGUGGGUCGGAGACCUCUCUCAACGGGUGGCGCACCUGCGAGACUGGGCGACGCGCGGUCCGCCCAAGUCGUUCUGGAUUUCCGCUUUCUUUAGGCCAGAGGCACUCUUCGCGGCGGCGAUUCAGACCCACGCCCGCCAGCACAAGGUGCCGAUGGCCAGCCUCGCUCUGAAGGCACUCGUCGCGAACGAGAGGGCGCCGUACCAGUUGGCAGGCCCGCCGCCGAGAGGAAUUUACAUCCACGGACUUUUUCUACAGGGCGCUGGAUGGGACGCUUCAGAGCAACUGCUAUGCGAGGCGGAGCCAGGGGUCUCCGUGGCUCCUAUGCCUGUCAUUUUACUCGAGCCCGUUGCGGCUACCGACGAGGAACCGCCGCCAGCAGAACGCUUCUAUUAUGCGUGCCCUCUCUACAAGACGCUGGAGCGAAAGGGAACAGGAAACUAUGUUGACUUUUUGGAUCUACAAACAGAUCUUUCUCCAGAGCACUGGAUCCUCAGAGGUGUUGCCCUGUUGUGCCAAGACGACAGCCCGUGA